AUGGCAGAAGCAAAUAGAGAAAUGAACUAUUCUGAGGCAGCCGACGCCGAUUACCGGCUAUUUCCAGAGUGUGACGCACGCAUUGGGCUCGACUGGGACACCUCCGGUCUCCAACUUGGCCAAACUGGCGUUGAGCACAUUCCAUGGAUCCCCUUUGAUGAUCAUCUACAACUCAUCGCAGACUGGGAGGCCCAAACCCUGACAGAAUAUGCCAUUCUCAACAGUACGGGGCCUCUUCUUGCAGAUCUUGCGGCGCCUGGACUCGAUGCGUUUACCAUCAUUCAAUCACUUGAUCAGCAAUUGUCCAACGGCCCUUCAUCAUCUGGAGCUGAGAAAAUCAUACCGAGUCUGGGUAGCACGUCCUCGCCUUCCAUGAACGAUAGCAGGGUCCCGUUGACACUUUCCAUGUCUCGGAACAGUCAGCAUGACCUUUCACAUACCAAGAGAGUGAAAACGUUGGAUGAAUUGCCGAAUGAGCUCAAAUUUCUCAUUAGCCGCAGAAUGGAGCGCCAACCUUGGGACAUGAUUCACAUGGACUACAACUUAAUAUUUGGGGAUGCGACUAAGAAGGCGUUGGAAAUGCGUUUUUCGAGGCUUCGAUCAAACAACCCGAAUGUCCGAAGACUCUUUCAGAACGAGAAGUCUUUUAUGCCAAUCAAAUUCUACUCGGAUCACGGAAAUCUUGAAACAGCGAGUGUGGACUCGGGCAGUGCCAUUUCUGGCGUCAAAGAUUACUAG